UAGGUUUGUAAAAAACCAAACCCUACUCUCCUCUUCUUCUUCCCUACUUCCAAAUCUUACGCACGGCGGCGAUGCUUAGAACUCUGUUUAAGCCUAACGGAAAGAGCGUCCUCAUGGCGGGAGCUAACAACGGGACGAGGCGCUUAAGGCCGAACCUACUGAUCACGGGGACUCCUGGUACCGGUAAAUCGACGACGGCUUCUGCUCUGGCGGAGGCCACGAACUUCCGGUAUAUCUGCGUCGGAGAUCUCGUCAAAGAGAAGAACUUGCACGAUGGUUGGGACGAUCAGUUCCAGUGCCACGUCAUCAACGAAGACCUGGUGUGUGAUGAGCUAGAAGAUAUAAUGGAAGGAGGAGGUGUGAUUGUAGAUUACCACGGAUGUGACUUCUUCCCUGAGCGCUGGUUUGAUCGUGUUGUCGUCCUUCGAACUGAAAACUCCGUUCUCUAUGACCGUUUAACCAAGAGGGAUUAUUCUGGAACCAAGCUUAGUAACAACAUGGAAUGCGAGAUCUUCCAAGUCCUGCUCGAAGAAGCAAGAGAUAGUUACAAAGAGGAGAUUGUCGUCGCGCUACAGAGUAACACAAUCGAAGAUAUCUCUAACAAUGUCGCAAGUUUGACUGAAUGGAUCACCACUUGGCAGUCACGAGAAAGGUGACGUGUCAUCAUACUGGAAUCCUUAUGACAGUGCCUUCUUUAAGGUCCAGCUUUUGGUAGUUUCUGUAUCGGGGUUUGCUUGCAAUUUGUAUACUGAUAUUAUUGAAAGACAAUGCGAUCAAGCUUAUUAUAUGUAUGCUCCGUUUGAUACUCUUAUUAAAAAAGAAAAGCUUUUUGUUAUUA